AUGACCUUACAAACAAUUCUGAAGUCUUCUCUUCUUUUAGCUUUUAUCUUCUCUCACUGCAACGGAAAAACAGCCGAAGAAUGGAAAGGAAGAAUCAUAUAUCAGGUAAUUUCCUUGAUCAACCUUUUUAUCCCUCAGGAGACAGUUCCACAACACCACCCAGUGACUGUUUUCACUGUUCUGUAUAUAAUAUGUGAGAUUAACACAAUGCAAUCUCAGAUACCUGAGAAGUUUGUCGUAACAACUCUCUGAUUAUGCCGCACACACUAAAGAGAAAGUCAGAGAAAGGUAAUUCAUUUUCAAAGUUGGAGCCGAUGGGUUCCUGGUUGUCUCAUUUCUUGUAAGGCCCGGGGGAGGCACUUCUUGUAAUGCAUGACCUACAAAGGGAGGCAAAGCCAGAAAGUUGUACCCUGUUAGGUUUUAUAGGUAUAUCAAAGGGUGGGGAAUUCACUAGUUGAAAUAUUGAAAGGGUAGUAAAAUCUAUCAUUUAAGAUCCUUUCACUAAAAUGUUUCGAAAGACACGCGAUAUGGGUAUAUUGACAUUUUAAUGUGUUUAUAAACGUUACACGAAGAUACCAAGAGAACUUCCAGCUUAAGUAAUUUAUUCUUACUAAACGGGUAAGUGAGAGAGGUACAUCUUUCAACGAUCGAAGGUAUACGAAAGGGGUACCCGGCUUUUCCGUCAAAUAUGGUAUACUGAAAAAGAGUAAGCGGCUGGAUCUUGGAGCGGAGCCUCCCCGUAUGAAAGUUUGUUGAGUACCCCCCCACCCUGUGUGUUAGGCUCGGACGUCACACAAUCCACCAACGUUGAUUAACGUUUCGCAGGUGCUGUUUCUACUUGGUUUAGCCAGAACAAAUGACUUCGUAUUUCUAUUUUACUCUCAUUCUUCAAAAUUACUGAGAUAAGCACUUGAUAUUCGCAGGAAUUUUCUGUAGUUAGAAAUUCGAAAUUUUUGUGAUUUUUAGUGCUUUCACCUGUCUUUACAACAAGCCUUAUCACAGAUUGCAGUCAGCGAUGAGAGAGACUGCAUUUUGCGUCGAUCUCGCCUGGGUUGGAGUGAUCAGUCUAAGUAAGCCGCAGGGGGUGGGGGAUAUAAAUAAGCCGCAUGGGUAUAAAGUCGCUAGAUCAUAAAAGACAAAACACGCAAUUUCUGAGAAAACUAUUCAGCAGGGCCAUUAAGAACAACGGUAGGUUUAGAUUAAAUGCAAUACUUAGCGCCUUAUCGCUAUAGUUGUCUGGUCGAGAGAAGAUCGGGACCAAAACGUCUGGUAUCAGUGGUAUGAGUAGGUUGGUUAUGGGGUCCCUGUGUCAUACCAUCAACAAAGAAUGCGCAGUGUAACUCCCCCGGAAGAUAUUAUGGCAGUCAUCGUUCGAAUUUCAAAAAAUUUAAACCCAUGUCAUUAUUUAAUCUAUAAACUUUAUUGAUGACUUUACUGUUUCCGUUAAAAUGAUGAUUAAAGUCACAAGACCUUCAGGUGAGUACAAUUCACACGACCACCGGUCACACAUAAGUACUAAAACAGCUACUUAAUAAGAAAAUAAGCAAACACAUAAAUGGUAAAAGUAAAAAGAAAAAAGAGAAAGAUAAUGAAAUGUAUUUUUUUCAAGAUCCUCACAGAUAGAUUUGCCCCAUCCAGUCAACUACCAUCUCAAAAGUGUUCUGAUCUGAAGGAUUAUUGUGGUGGAACGUUUAAAGGCAUUGAGAAGCACCUCGAUUAUAUCACAGGCUUGGGUGUGAAUGCUAUCUGGAUAUCCCCUAUAGUAAAAAACAUCGAUAAAGGCUACCACGGUUACUGGGCCCAAAACAUCUUUGAAAUAAACCCACAUUUUGGGACCGAGGAAGAUCUCAAGUCACUGGUGAAAGCUUGCCAUGAUAGAGAUGUUUGGGUAAUGGCAGACCUCGUAGCCAAUCACAUGGGAAAUCCACCCAACGGUGGAUGGCCGACAGGUCUAGCUCCUUUUAACAAAAAGGAGUACUACCAUCCACCCCAUGCUUACAUACAAUGGCCGCAAGAGUGCAAAGACCAAUGGAAAAUUGAAAUAUAUUGGCUUGCUAACUUGCCCGAUCUUAACCAAAGCCAUCCAUUCGUGAAUCAGAACCUGCUUAACUGGGUACACAACCUGACUGACCAGUUUAACUUUGAUGGCUACCGUCUUGAUACUACCAUUCAAGUUCCCAAGGAAUUCUGGGCACAGUUUCGUAAGGCCGGAGGGGGUUUUAUGAUAGGAGAGGCAAACAAUGGUCCACCUCCCUGCGGAUCAAUGGAGUACGUUGCGGGAUACCAGAGGUACAUAGACUCCGUUUUGGCCUAUCCUUCCUAUUGGACACUCAGGAAAAUAUUUCAAGAAAAGUCCAAGGACUUCAAUGCUUUAAGCGUCGCUGUUAAGAACGCUUAUCAAAUUUACAAGGAUAGGUGAGUUGCAAGUGAGACAUAACUGACCCAUCUUUUGCCCUAGAACAAGAAUUAUCGACAUCAACGCCCUUAAAAUAGUAAAAGUAAAAAUAUCAAAAAAUGUAAAUAAUUGUUAGCCCGCAGAAAAAGCGUUAUUUUUUUGGUGUUUUACAGGCGAGCGAGGAGAGCAAGACACGGGCGACUGAGUAAGGCGCAGAAAAUUAUUUUAAAUUAUUUUAGUUGUUUUUUUCCGCAUCUUUCCCCGUCGCACUUGGCUCUCGUUCGACGCCCGAUUCGUGCUUCGCUUGUCGCGAAAAAAUAGUGUGGCCACACUUGUGUUUUUCAGAACUAGCUAGAGACAAGAAUGACAAUUUCAAAAGGAAUGUUAGCCACUUAACACCUUUUUCACGGUAACGUUAUGCAGGCUAAUGUUACCCGUGAUUGCAAAAUCGCGUUCAAAUUGGGAAGAUGACCUUAUAGAUUUUAACAGUCCAUAAUUGCAGUUUUCAGCAGACGAAAAGGGACAUGACGAAAUCCCGGAUCUCAUCAAUGCCAUCCAGUUUCACGGUUUAUGAUCUGAUUUCAAGAAGAAUGCUUCUAUUUUCUCAUAUCAUUUGAUAUUUUUUGUUGUAAGAUCUGUCAUUGGUGGGUUCGUAGACAAUCAUGACAAUCCAAGAUUUCUGAAUUUAAACCCAAGCCACACCGCACUUCGAAAUGCGCUGACGUAUGUAUUAAUGGGGGACUGGAUCCCAAUAGUAUACUAUGGCACGGAGCAAGGCUUCAAUGGCGGUUCAGAUCCUAACAACCGUGAAUCACUUUGGCCCUUCAUGUCCACCGAAAAUCCGCUGUACAAAUUUAUUCAGACUCUGGUUCACUUCAGAAGAUCUCUUGGAGAUGACUGGUUACAAAACAGACAGGUGAUGUAGGAGCGAUAAUUAUUGCCUAUAGUUAUAACCCAGGUGUAUUUCUAUUUUUAACCUUCACGUUUAAUCCAUGGGUAAAUGAUACCAUAAGUCUAAUACUUUCAACUUAAUAAAGGAAACGUUACAAACCCGAGGCGCGAUGCUUUAAGUCUUUACCGUAAGUUUUCUGUUGCAACAAUAAGUUGUCGUUGAUUAAGAAACAGUACUAGAGAUAUUCAGUUCGCGAAUAAUAAAGGCACCAAUGGACAGUAAAAAGGCCUAUAGCUAAGGCAGUUAAGCUAUUCCCCUUUCAGAUGCAUUACGUUUGUGCUUCCAUAACAAAUGCAUUUAUAGACCAAGAAUAAACUUCUUAAUUGGGCGAGGGAAAUAAAGUGUUAGUAAUAAAACUUACCUCACCACCAAUAAACUUGAGACUAGCUUUUUGGUCAAAGGCUUUGUCCCAUGGUUUUUCGGAAUUGCAGUUUUAUAAAAUCGAAUUUGAGAAAACCAAAACAUAUUUCUUGUGUCUUAUUUUCAGGUAGAGAGACAUGUUCAGUCCAAUGCCUACGCCUUUUCAAGAGGCCAGAUAAUGGUCGUGAUAACCUCGCAGGAGAAAACACUCAAUCUGACAAUCGAGCAUCCCCCCUACAAACCAGGAACUACGCUUAGAAAUGUCUUGAAUUUUGACGAAAAAUUUACGGUGUCUUCUGAUAGUUCCCUGCCCGUUAUUUUAAACUCAGGGGAGCCCCUAGUUCUUGAACAAAGCCCUUAA